CUAAGAGCCGUUGCUAAGCGCUGUAACUAAGCUACCAGGUCCGUUCCAAUCAGCUCAAAACAGGAAGCGACGUGAUUUGGUCCUUGUGCAAAAUACACUACAACACGUGACGAAUCCCGCGUUUCACCACACAGCGCAAUUCAAUUUGUAACAGUCCACACGUCAUCAUGGAGCCGAUGGUUAUCGAGGUGCGUGGAGUUCCACAGGUUCCUCCACAGGACCGGAUGGUAGAUCAGUUAAAGAUACACUUCCUGAAGAGGAGGAAUAGUGGUGGUGAUGUGCUAGCAGUGAUUUAUCCAACGUCUACUCCAGGCCAGGCUUAUGUCAUUUUUGAAUCAGCUAAAGUUCCUGGAGUCUUGGAGUGUACUCAUAUCUUGGAUGUACACAACAGAUUUUAUCCAAUACAUGUAAAGAAAGCUCUUUUGUCUGAGGUGGACAUGCAAGUCGAGGCCACGUUGGAUUUGAGUAUGUUCCCAAAGCAAGAACCUGUCUUGCAUCUCAUUAAAUCUUAUGACUUUACAGUAACAGAACAUAUUCCAGGUCGUCUCCAGUUGAAGGGCUCAUUCUUGAAACUAAAGCUCAUACGAAAUCAACUCGUACAGCUUCAGGGGCAGGAGCAUCAUUAUAGUAGAUCACCCUCAGCUCUUCACAAUGGCUCUUCUUUGGGGUAUGACCUGGAGUGUAAUAGUUUGGGCCCCAGAUUUGAAUCCAGGUCUAUAUUGAGGAACAUGGAUAAAAUGGAUGCUGUAGGUCAAACUCAGUUACUUGAAAGUACUUCAUCAUCAUCAUCAUCAUCAUCAUAUAGAGUUUCAGGGUCUGGUGGAUCACCCAGGAGUCAUCAAAGCAGUCAUUUAUCUUACACUGAAAGAAAUGCAAGCAGUCCAGUGGAUGGUGUUGGUCAAAAAUAUGAAAGGCUGGACAGGAAUGAACCGUUUGGUCAUAGACGGAGCCUCCAUGCUGAUAGUGCAUCAUCAAUAUCAGCGAAUGGUGCAUCUAAUGUCACCCUGCUACAACACACAUCUCCAUUAAACAGAGAUUCAGCCUCAGGUGGAUUCCCUCAGAGCAUUCACUACUCCUCUAACGUAGGUACUGGUCAUACAGCAGACACCAUGCAACACAACACAUUUUAUAAAGACUCAGCCUCAGGUGGAUCACUUAGAAGGCAUCCAAGUCUCAGCGGUGAUAUUUCGGCCAGCUCCUCUCACAGUAGCCCCUCAUCCUCCAGUGGAGGAAUGGCAAGCUUUCAGGUGGACACAGAUAUCAUAAACUUUAUACUCAUCCAAAGACAGAAUGAUUUUAAGACGAUUGAGAACUACUGUACAGAGAUUUCCGUAAGAGAUAACAAUGGGUUAACAACAGUCACGUGUAGGGGGAAAAACAGCGAGAAAGCAAAAGCAGAUCUUAUCAACAUCAUCAAGGAGCUUAGUUUUUCAUUGCGCACUCAUGAAAUCCAUCUGAAGAAUUUUGACCAUGCUGAACUAAAACAGAUCUCAGAGAGAAUCCGACGUAAUCAAGACUCAGGUGUUAUGAUCAAAACCAGCGGUGAUGUUAUAAAGCUGGUGGGAUCCUCAAGCGAAAGCUUUGAGAUGAAACAAAAGUUACUGGGACACACAGUUGACCAUCCUAGAGGAAGAACCAUGGAAAGGGGCUCAACACUCAGGAGAAGCUCCUCUUUACCCAGAAAGUAUAAAACUACUCAUAUUACAGAUCCUGAGGACACGGCACGUGCUGCAACCAAAUACACACCUUCACGUUAUCAAGACAACCUGGAUGAAGGUAAAGCUCCGCUGACUGUUCGAGGCCCUGAACAGACUCCAGACAAGAAGUCUCAAUGGAUACGCAGCGAUUCAGAGUCUCGAGGCAAAAAAAGGACAAACAAGGAGAAUUCGGUACAUCAAGACCUGGAGUCAUCGUCAUUAAGUCAAGAGAUAAAGUCCCCAAAACAGCUUCCCACUCUUGUCACAAAGCUUUGGGAUUAUAAUAUUAAAGACAAUUUUAAAAUACGUUCACGUAACAAAAAGUAAUUCUACACCACGAAAAACUGCUGUUUGCUGAUUAUAGCACUAUUUUCUUUAAUACAGAACGUCAACAUGAUUUAUUUCUGUAAGCUUUAAUACACACUGUUCAUAUGUCUGUUAACAUGCAGGAUCUAUUAGAUAAGUAGUAAAUAAUAGUCUAGUAGACUAGUAAAUAAUCUGCAUUACACCUUCUAAACAAUAUAUUUUGCAAUCAGUAAUCAGCACAUACUUUUAUCAUGUGAAAGGAUCUGCUUUUAUUUUCUUGUGUGUUUUAUUUGCUUUAUUUGAUGUAUGUGUUGGUCUUUAUGGACCACUUACAGAUCAUGUACAUUCCUUCUGCCACCACAAACACUGGAUUUGUGUAAUCCAUCUUCUCAGUAGAUCUUGCGUAAUUUCUCCGAAUGGUGGUGAAAAUUCACAAAAACAUCUUAUUGUCAUGUUCUGGAUAAAAGCUUGAUGAUCUUUCCCAUCAUUAAUAGAUUGACAAAUGUUUUAACAAUAAAACAUUACUUUUUUUUUUUACAACAGAGAGCACAAAGUUAGAUGCAAACACGAGCGUAUGUUUUACGAGGAAGAAAUGAAAAUGUAGUGUAUAUACAGGGUGAGUAAAAAGCACAGAAAAGUUUCUCAUUAAAAGUCCAGAGAUUGUGA